CCAGCUAAAAUUUCAGGUGAAAUUGCGUUGGGCCGGCUCUGCGUAGGAACGUGAGUGUGGGUGAGUCGAACGGAGGCGGGCGAAUCAACUGGUAAAUCCUGAUCCGCUCCAGCUGCCAGAAUACCACAAUUCUCAGGAUUUGCAAAUUUCAUCCAAAUCAUGGCAACCGUGGCUCUUCUUGCGCGACAUCGUCUGGUCGCCUGCUCCUUGCGACUAUUAACUAGCGCCCACUCCAGGGGAUUGACUGCGAUGGUCGGAACUGAGAAAAGAAGUGUUCCCAGCGAUUCCUGGACUCUAAAAAGUCGCCGAAUUCGGCUGCUUCCCACCGUCACAAUUCGAUUCAACCACAAGACGGCAAACCCUGCAGCGACAGCACCCGCUCCAUCUCCUGCGGCUAACGACUCCUCUGUAGGCAAUAAGGACUUAAAGGCAACCAGCACCACGUCGAGUGAACUCUUUGGUGAGGCGGCCAACAUGGGUCUGUUCGCCAAGUUUAAGCACAUGUACAAACAGUACUGGUACGUGCUAAUUCCGGUACACGUUUUUACGUCGGUGGGCUGGUUCGGAGGCUUCUACUACCUGUCCAAGAGUGGCGUCGAUGUACCUGCUCUGCUGCAGUACGUCCACUUAAGCGAGAACAUAAUCGAAAAAGUGCAGGGUUCGGAUAUGGGACACUAUGCUAUAGCAUACCUCUGCUAUAAAGUGGCUACUCCCCUACGCUAUGCACUAACUUUGGGAUGUACCACCGUGUCCAUAAAGUAUCUGGUGCAGCAUGGUUAUAUCAAGCCCAUGCCUACUAAAAGUGAGCUGAUCAAAAUGUACGAGGACAAGAAGGCCACGCGAGCAAGUGCCAAGGCGGACAAGGCCGAGAAGGACGAGAGCAAAUGAUCCUUAGCCACGGGCGAGGACGCUACCAAUUCGGCAGUGUCGUGCCCGUUGCUACAGUCGCAAGAUCCUAAACCGCCGUCGUCGCUGCUUUCAUUGUUAAUGCCCUCUAGCAUUGGUAAUCCGCAACGAUCGAACACCGGCGAGCGCCGUGAAAUUGACCUGUUGUCUUUUUUGUUAAAUUGCUGUCGCUCUUGCUGGUAUUGAUGCUCAACGAAACUAACUCUUGUCCGGAAUAACAGUCGAUCACAUAAGCAGCAACCGCCGCACUGAGUUAUCUGUAAAGAUUCGCCCCAUACCCACAAUACCACCCAGCACACGGAUUCAGACACAGAUACACCCUUGAAGCUGCAUAUUCAAUUUGCCUAUCCACUCGGUUGCAGUUACGAAAUCGAUGGACUUCUUUAAAAAAAAAAAACGGUUACAUAAUACACGAAGAAGAAAAAGACAUAGCCCCAGGACAUAGAGUUCAGUAGUAGUUCUUUAUAGAAAUGUUUUGUAAAUUUGAGAAAUUUGUCGCAAAAAAAUUAUUAUUAUUAUUAAAUUAAAAAAAUAAUAAAAAACAUAGGCCUCAGUUCAAUGGACAAGGAUCCAAAUUGUUGAAAUAUGUUUUUUUUAUUUAUUAAGUAUUGUUUAAGUCUUACUGACUAUAUAUUAUCAUAACAAUAAUGAAAUGGCUAUGGUUUUAAAACUGUUUCGAUAGAUUUCAUUUAAUAGAAAAAUUUGUGAAGCAGCAGGAUUAAAAAUUAAAUAUAAAGAUUUCAUAACGCA